CACUUCCUCCCCACUGACGAUGGCUGAGGACGCAGCAGAGAAGGUUGGCGCCUCGUCUCAUUCCCAGCCUGGGACGGGCGCGAGGGCUCUUCAAGGUACAAGUCACACAUCUGCGUUUCGAGAGCUCGUGGAACAAUACGAUUCUUCUUCGGCCAACCGACGGAAAUGGCAGAAGAGUCGGGACGACGCUCUGGGUCCGAUAGUCGACCGCCAAGUUGUCCGCCUCUUACGAAAGAAGCAGCAAGCCGGUGAAGUGCUCAGUACAAAAGAAAAGGACGCACUCAGGCUGAGGACGGCCGAUGAAGAGUGGUUCAGUGAGGCUGAUCGGGUGCACAAACACAUUGUCUCGCUCGACGCAUUUCUCAGAGGCAUCAGAAAGCCAUACCUGUCCUCAAGCUCAGCUCUGGGUGGCGCACGCAAGGAGUCCAAUCAAACCAAGGGCGCCUCGUCGCUCGAGUCUUGGAAAGGUGUCGAUCGUCUGAGCGACAAGGAGCGAGAUGAGAUCGAGUUUCAGGUCAGAGUCGUCAUCAAGCGCUCCCUGGCCAGAAUCAAAGAGCUUGAGGCCGGCGAGGAAGUGCGCAAGAGAACGACGCCGUUGAUGUCUGCGAAUCCAUUUUCACGACUGCUGGGCGCGGCAACGGGCUCGGACUUCCCCGGGCGAGCACAUCCCCUCUAUGCUGAGCAGCUUACACAGCACCGCGCCGCCAUAACUGCCUUCCUGUCCACCGAAUUGACCAAGGCAAGUGCUCGUCUCCGCGAUAUGCAAGAGGCCCGUCUGCGCGCAAGACAGGCUCGAUCCAUCAACCUAGCUGGAAGCGCGGGCGCAAAAGGAGGCGCCGCAUCGGCAUCGUCUGGUUCGACAGCUACAAACACCGUCGUGGCGGGGAGCAAGGGCGCAAUGUCGCGUGCGGCCUACGAUGGCCUCUCUGCAGACGAAAUCAACGGCCGAUCGAACAGCGACAUCAUGACGAAGCUGACUGCGGAGCAGGUCCAGCAAUUUGACUCAGAGUCAUCUGCUCUCGUCAAGUCUCUAUCGGAGGAUCUUGCAGCUGUUGAAGCAGCUGAGCGGAAGCUCAAUGACAUCUCCGAGCUUCAGACUCAACUCAUUCAGCACCUAGGCUCGCAGGCAGAGAUGGCAGAUCACUUGCACCAGGAGGCCGUCGGCCAUGCUCUCGAGGUCGGUCGCGGCAACGAACAGCUGCAACGGGCCAAAGAGAACAAUCGGCAGGCCUCGCGAUUCUUGUGCAUGUUUCUCGUUGGGAGCGGCCUGGGCCUCCUCUUCCUCCACUGGGUGGACUGAUUCUGUCUCUGUCCCUCUCUUGUCUCUCUCUACAAUGUACAAUGUAAUCAAAUUUGAC